GCGUGAUGCGGGGACCAUGAUAAACUUCAACAUCGCUGUGAUCCACGCCGGUGCUACAGUGCAGGCAGAGGCGGCGGUAGCGGGGCCUGGAGGAAGGGUGCUCUACCCUGGAUUUGGACGGGUCUACGGCUCCCUGGGGGAGAGCGUGGUCACCCAGUGGGGCUCUGCUAACGUCAUCUGGCUACAGGUGAACGACAGCAGCCCUAAGACAGUGCUGUCCCAGCUGUGUGAGCUAUUAGCGGCGCGGCCCCUGCAGGGACUGGUUUACGAAGAGGAGAGGCCCCCUCGCACAGCCUGGGGUCCUUUGGCCCCCAUGCUAGAGUUUGUUUCUGCCCAAACAGGACUGCCCAUAGUGGCUGUAGGAGGGGGAGCAGGGCUGGGGAGGAUGCCACAGGAGACAGGGUCCAUCUUUCUCCAGUUCAGUUCUUCUACUACACUCCAACUAGAGGUCAUCUUUGAGGUGCUCGAGGAGUACGACUGGACCGCCUUUUCUGUGGUGUCCACGCGCCACCACGGCUACCAGGACUUCCUGUCUGUAGUGGAGGGCCUGACAGACGGCUCAUUCAUUGGCUGGGAGAAGAAGAGUGUGGUGAUCCUGAAUGUGACUGACGACCCUGGGGGGGCUCGCACACGGAGGCUGCUGAAGGAGAACGAGGCGCAGGUGCGUUUGCUGUACUGCUCUCAGGAGGAGGCCGAGCUGGUCUUCCGUGCCGCCUGGGCUGCCGGUCAGGCCGGAGCCUCACACAUGUGGUUUGCGGUGGGCCCGUCUCUCUCGGGUCUGAGCAUGGAGAGCCUGCCCCGGGCUUUGUUUGCCGUACGUCCUCAGGGCUGGAGGGACGAGCCUCGCCGAAGGAUUGCUCGGGGAGUGUCUGUGUUGACACACGGGGCAGUGGCAAUGCGCAAAGAAUAUGGAACCACAGGUGGGCCCAACUUUGUCACCACUUGCAUGACGGAUGCCAAUCAGACCCAGAGACUGCGAAGCAGGAUGAGGUAUUUUAGCAACAUCACGCUUGGCGGUCGAGACUAUUCGUUCAACGGUGAUGGUUACCUGGCGAACCCCUUCUUGGAUGUCAUCUCCUGGACUCCUGGACGUGGAUGGGAAGAUGUAGGAUGGUGGGAGAACGGUGUGCUGAAGCUUCGGUACCCAGCUUGGUCCCGCUAUGGGCCGUUUCUUAAACCGCCUGAUGAUGCCCAGCACCUGCGUGUGGUCACACUGGAGGAAAGGCCAUUUGUCAUUGUGGAGCUUGCAGACUCUGCUUCUGGGACCUGCAUCCGUGAUUCAGUUCCCUGCAGACGACCGCUUAACGCUAGUCACAGUGCUAUUCACGAGGGUGUGGCUCCUCAGAAGCAAUGCUGCAAAGGCUUCUGCAUCGACAUCCUCAAGCGACUCGCCAAGAUUGUCGGCUUCACCUACGACCUGUACUUGGUGACCAACGGGAAGCACGGGAAGAAAAUCGAUGGGGUUUGGAACGGCAUGAUUGGAGAGGUGGUGUAUAAGCGGGCAGACAUGGCCAUUGGUUCACUGACUAUCAAUGAAGAGCGGUCGGAGGUCGUGGAUUUUUCUGUUCCCUUUGUGGAGACGGGGAUCAGUGUCAUGGUCUCCCGCAGCAACGGAACAGUAUCACCAUCAGCUUUUUUAGAGCCCUACAGUCCAGCCGUGUGGGUGAUGAUGUUCGUCAUGUGCCUGACUGUUGUGGCCGUGACUGUCUUCAUUUUUGAAUUCUUCAGCCCUGUGGGCUACAACCGCAGCCUUCAGACUAGCAAGAAAGCUGGAGGGUCUACAUUCACUAUAGGAAAGUCGGUCUGGCUUUUAUGGGCUAUUGUCUUCAACAACUCGGUGCCAGUAGAGAACCCGAGAGGAACCACAAGCAAAAUCAUGGUGCUGAUUUGGGCCUUUUUCGCCGUCAUCUUCCUGGCCUCCUACACCGCUAACCUCGCCGCCUUCAUGAUCCAGGAGGAGUACAUUGACACGGUUUCAGGCCUUUCGGACAAAAAGUUUCAGCAUCCAGAGGAGCAGUACCCUCCUCUGAAGUUUGGUACAGUGCCCAACGGGAGCACGGAAAAAAACAUCCGCUCCAACUAUCCGGACAUGCACCAGUACAUGGGCAAAUACAACCAGAAAGGAGUAGAAGACGCCAUACUGAACCUCAAGACUGGGUCUGUCUGA